AAAAGACAACAUCAACUUGAUAAUUUAAAGUCAAAGCGAUGUUUUGUACUUUGCAGUUUUGUAGUACUACACUAUAUAUAUAUGUAUAUAUGUAUACUAGUGUCCAGAUGUCUUGAUUAAAGAGAGAGAGGGAGAAAGUAAGAAGAAAGAGGAAAGAGAGAGGAGAUGAAGAGAAAGAGAUACGAGAUGGAGAAGAAGAAGACAGAGCUUCAAACAGCCAUUGAAGAGCUCUCUCUCGUCAUAGUAACUAAACCUGUAGAUAACACUGAAAUCACACAUAUACCCUUGAGGCCUCUUCUUUCCUUCUGCAACUUAAUCAUCCAAGUUCUUGAUAAGAUAGGACCGACAAUGGCUGUUCUCAGACAAGACAUCGAUCAAAAUAUUCAGAGAUUAGAGAAGGUUUGUGAAACAGAUCCUUGUGUUUACUCCAAUUUGGUUGAGAUUCUGAAGAAAGAACAAAAGGAGGGAACAUCCAAGAUGGUUGCUAGUAGUAGUAAAGCUCUUCUUUGGCUCACUAGGACAAUGGAUUUUACAGCGGGUUUAUUACGAUUGUUGUCAAAAGAGAUGUCGUCAAAAAUGGAAGAACUUGUAGAAGAAUGCUACAUGUCGACUUUAAAACCUCAUCAUGGAUGGAUUGCGUCUGCUGCUUUCAAAGUGUGUUUGAAGCUAGUGCCUGACAAUAAGACUUUUAUGGACGCGAUCGGUGGAAGAGACGAGAGCUAUGAGACCAUUAGAGAAGACAUUGAUACCUUAAGCUCAUUGUUGACACCUAUUCUCAAAGAAAUUUUCUUAGUUCUGGAACAAUACGGAUUGAACAGAUCAAGAUCGAUGUAACAGAUGGAUUCACAAGUGAUCUAAUUUAUUUAACGUUCGUUAAAAGGAUAAAUUUUAUUAUAAGACAUAUGUGUAUAUAUCUAUGUGUCAAUGAAAGUAUACCAGUUGUUGUAAGAUUUAUUGAUUUGGUCAUCCAAAUUCCAAACUAAAAUAAUUUUGCCUUUUUAAGUUCGACUGUUAUAUAUAUAUAUAUAUAUAUAUUUCUAA